GAAAAGUGCAGGAGAGGGAGAGCAGUGUAUACCAUGUGCACACAGCCGUUAAAGUUAUUUUGAACUGGCCACACACACACACACACACACACACACACACAGCUGUCAGGAACCAUGACACAAGAUGACCGAUACAGUGGUCGUCGAGGGACAAGUGAGACUCCGAGAAGGGAAAAAGUGGAAGAACAGAUGGCUGGUUCUGCGAAAGCCCUCUCCAGUAGCAGACUGCCUGUGUGUGCUGGUCUAUAAGGAGCGCAGUAAAGGGCAGAGGGAGAAGAGCCAGCUCACCCUGGGUGAUAUCUGUGGCCUGGAGCUCCUACAGGGUUUUGAAGGUGUGAACUACGCACUUACCCUCCUCUGCCUCACGCAGUCCCUUACACUCGGCUUCGACAGUCGGGAAAACCUCCUGGCCUGGGAUGCACGGAUCCGCUACAGCCUCGGAGAGGUCCACAGGUUCACUGUACAUGUCCAGCCGGGCACUAAGCUGGAGAGCGGUGCAGCCUCCCUUCAUCUGUGUAAUAACCUGCUCGCUAUAGCUCGAGACAUCCCUCCAGCAGUUAUUGCACACUGGAGACUGACUGACCUGAGACGUUAUGGAGCAGUGCCGAAUGGGUUUAUCUUUGAGGGAGGAACACGAUGUGGCUUUUGGACCGGUGUCUUCUUCCUGGCCUGUACAGAGGGAGAACAGAUCAGCUUUCUGUUUGACUGUAUUGCUCGAGGCAGCUCUCCAAGCAGGACACCAUUUGGCUUGCGCCCCUCUCUACCAGACCUGAGUGCUCAUGGAUCCUCUGUUGAGGAGAGGAUUAUGCAGGAAGCCAGCGAUCUGGAGAAACGCCUCAGCAUGCUGUCAGUGUGCAGUCGCCAGAGCAGCACAGCCUCCCACUCCAGCUCCACAGGAGAUGCCCGUAGCAUCUCAAGCUCUUCCUCUGAGACCAGCCACUCAGAUGCCUGCUUGAGCAGUCGUCUAGCAACAUGGGCUGACCCAGUACGAUUCCCCACGCCUACAGAGCCAUCAGUAUCCAUGUCAAGAGUGACAGGGUCGAGGCUAUCCAGUGAGGAGCAGCAUGAAGGACUACUCCACCCCCCGACCAAACCACCUUGCCCCAGAGGACUUCACGAGGCCGGGCGACAGAGCUCGACUGACAGCGGCAUCGCCACGGGAAGCCACUCGUCUUACUCCGGCAGCUUCUCAUCUUACACAGGCAGCUUGGACACUGCUCUGGGAGAGAUUGAGGAGUUGGGCUCAGUGAUGAGCCUCACACUGAACACAAAUUCCAGCACUAACCUGACUGCAAACCCCAACACUCCGUCUUUUACCUCUAACACAAACUCACGAGUUCCUCCACAGUUCCAGACCUCCAGCAUAUUUGCGAGCUCAGCUAACUUGCCACUUGGGCACAGGCCAUGUGUUUGCCCCACCAUCAUGGUAUCUGAAGCACAGGAGUUGGAGUACCAGGUACCUGUUCAACUCUUGCCGCACUAUGACACACCUCGCAGACUCGUCCAACCCCACCCCUUCACCUCCUCCUCGACCCAGAAGCUUGAGUCUAGCCUGUUAGAGCAACUGGGAAGCCCUGCUUCUAACAAACUGAUUACACCUGUGAGGCAGAGUGGGAGUGGUGAUGGAGCGCUACCUCCUGCAGGCUUGAGCAUGCACAGACACAUUCUCUGUCCUGUCUGUGGAGGAAUAAAGAUAUUAUUGACUUCUACACACACACGCUCCUCUCAUGUAACUGCUGGACUAGAAAAGUCAAGGCCUGAAAUGAGCGGUGCUGCAGAAUGUGGAGGUCCUGAGGGUGUGAGUAUGGGCCUCCCCACAGAGGGUGGGCAGUUAAACAGAUUUGACAUGAUAAGCAGCCAAGGUGCGCAGAAGAGCUUUUGGGAGAUUGAGGGACGUUCGUCAGCAGUGCCUACAUCUCCCAUGAGCUCUCUGAGGCUUUUCAGGCACUCAGCCUUGUCUGGGAAAUCAUUAGCUCUAUCGGGUGAAUCAGGGCCUACAGUCGCAGAUCGGUUUCAGGGGGAAUCUGGGAAUUACGUCAACAUCCCUGUUAGUCCCAUUUCUAAAAGACAGCUAAACUACAUGGAGCUGGACCUGCAGGAUGUACAGGAGACUGGUCACACUGUCAGAGGGGCCUCCAACACUAAAUAUGCACAGAUUGACCAUGCUGCGACAGAGAUGGCUCAGAGAGUCGGAGCCCAGCAUGCACAGGGCAGAGAGGAGAGACUACACGAACUAGAGCAAAGGAAACGCGGAACGCUGAACUAAACAUUCAGUGAACCAACUGAUGUGAUUUGUAAAUAAAGUACCAGCAUCUCUCAUGACUUUCAUCACCAUACAAGAUAUCACCAGUUGAUUCUGAACUCUCUGAUUUGUAUUAUGGAAUCUGAUAUGACUACAGUAAUACAGUUGGAUAUUCUGUCAACAAAUUAAGUGGACAUUUUAAAAGUCAUUGAUUUUGUGGUUUUAUAUAUUUUAUAGCAUUACUACUUACUAUUGAAGUAUGCUAAGAUUAUAAAAUAAGUAUAUAUAUAUAUCUUACUGUUAUGGUUAUGUACUUUUAAUGUAAGUACUUGAUAAUUUGUAAAUAGUCUGCCUUUUUUUCCCCAAAUGACCAACUUUGUACAUUUAUAGAUUUAAAUCUUAAAUGUACAAUACAUGAGAAAUAGAUUCUGUAUAUUUUUAUAUUUAUUCAUUUGGCAUUUCUAUCUUUAGUGCAAUAAACAAUCUAUUAAAUGAUUGAUAUUCAUUACUCAGAAAGUGAAAAUGUACAGGUACACUCAUCAAUUAUAGAGAGAAAAUUUAAUAUUUGAAAUCAACAACCAAACCCCUCAACUGGGCAACUUUAAAAGACCUUAGAUCACCCUAUAUUGACAUGGCUCUUUGCCUUUGUCUUUUCUAAUAGCUUCUUCCAAAUUUUUGGCUGUUUCUUGGAUUGAAGCUUAACAUAAAAUGUCCUUCCUUCUGUGCACGAGCACAAACUCUAUUCUCCAGUGCUACAGUAAUUGGCUGGAGCAGUGUUUUGCCAUUCGGUUAGAUCAGCAAUGUUAAAUUCUCAUUUACAGUGCCAGGCCUGUGUGCGGAGUGCAUUUCUAUUGCCAGACCGCACACAGACCUCAGCUAGCAGACCAGCAGGUUUGAGAACUUGAUGCCUGUAGACAAAUUACCCCACAAGGCCCCCAGGCAAAGCAAGUAAGUCUGCAGACACACACACAUUGAGGGACAAUAGAUUGAUUCACAUAGUUAGGCAAUGUGAUCCUGCAGAAUACCUAGAUUUAGCCACAAGAUUAUUCCAGAGUCAUCUGUCCACCAAUACAUCCAAGACAAGCUUAUCUCUAAAGCCUACAACUCCACCACUAUUAAUCAAAGAGCUUGCUAGUAAGAAUGCUGUUAAAAAAGACACCUACUUAACACACCACUCAAUUUCUCACACAAGCUCUUAAGGAGGAUCUACAAGGAAGAAAUAAAGAAAAAGAAAAUAAAGAUGUGAUGCAUGUACAGUAUUUCCUGUCUACUUCACAUUCUAUAUUUUAAAACACUGUACAUCGAAAAAAGUGACGUUAUUAGAAAAUUGAAUAGCUAUUACACAUUUAUGCUUCUUACGAAAGGUUCUGUAAAGCUUUGGUCAAAUUCCAUGAGGAAUUGUGGAUAGAAAAACAGUUUGAUGGCGACAGAAGAUGAUGAUGAUGCUGAUACAAGACAAUGACUAUUAAUCCAUAUGUGUUGCCUAUGCUUUGCAGACAAGCAGCACAAAAAGGUAGACCCUACACACUUACAGACCCUGGGGGACCAUGGUCAAUCCAAGUGCCUCACAACAAUGAGACAGGCAGUAUUAAGCAUGUAGGGCCCUAGGGAGACAUGCUCUACUGCAAGUUUCAGUGGCUGUUCCAGAAAGAUAAGGACUUGUAUAUAGAAAAUUUAUGGGCAAUUCAAUAAUGCAAGGAUGAGGUCACAGUGAAUACUAUCCAGAUAACAACU